AUGACUAGCCAAUCCCAACCCUUGAUAACAAAUAAUGCCAAAACGAUGAGCAGACUUAGUAAGACAAGUGAUGGUGUGAAAGGUUUCAAUAGCAUCUGUUUUCGUUGUAAUAAACCCGGGCACAUUGGUAAAUUUUGCCCAGUUUUCCCUGACAAGCCAACCACGACGAAUGGCAAAACUGAGACCUUCUUUGCAAAUACUCAAUACAGUGCGUUUGCUUGUCAAGAAGAUGAUUGUGGCCGAAAUGUAUGGCUUAAAGACGAUGGAGCUACAGCACACAUUACAAAUUCAGCCGAGUAUUUCAAGACGUACCGUCACUUUGACAAACAAGGUGAAAUCAUAGUCGGUAACAAACACAAUACCAGCAUAUGGCUGUGGGGACAUUGA